UAUGGCUCAUAGGGGCGUUGCUUUGCGCUCGGUGAGUGGUCCGGGUGCUCGGCGGGGUGUUGUAGGGAUGGCCGAGGGAAAGCGUACUUGGCACAGAUCCCUCCUUUCAGUACAGACCGCAGUUUACAUUAGGCAGCAUCUUCUUUCGCCAGGGGGAUGAAUGAGUCACAAUUAGGUCUCGUUUUAUAGCGGCUAGUGGAUGCAUGUUUAGCAAUGCGAUGAGGCCAGUGCACUUUGCAGGACUUGCGCUGCGCAGAGCCUCCGCGGAGCCCGCGACCUGUUGCUGCUGACAAGCCGGGGAAAGGGAGAGGGAGUUGGGGGAGCCGAUCGGGAGAGACAGAGGGGUUACUGCCUUGGAGACGACUGUCCGGCUUUCUUCGCGCAGGAAAUCAUGCAGUUUGCAAUCUGGCUGGUUGGACUAACGUGUCAUCUGUCAGCACUUGUCCGCGACACGCAGCAACACCGGCUGCAUCCGAAACAAGAAAGUUUCAUCAAGCAGCUGUCAUCGUACGAAAUCAUCACCCCGGUCCGCGUCAAUGACUUCGGAGAAUCAUUCCCACACACGUUGCACUACAAAAGGAGACGGAGAAGUUUAAAUAGUCACAGUAAUGACAACGUCGACGAGCUGUCGGGCGUGCGGGUUCACUACAGGGUCGAUGCAUUCGGGGAACAGUUUCAUCUCAACCUGAGCGCAGACUCCAGCUUCAUCGCUCCCUCGUACACGGUGACUCACUUGGGAGCGCAGCAGCGCAGCAACUCCACGGACUCCUACUUCCACGACCCGAGCGAUAUGCGCCACUGCUUUUUCCGCGGACACGUCAACGCCAAGAGCGCGUAUCCUGCAGUCUUCAGCCUGUGCACUGGCCUUAUUGGAACUUUUACAACACGAUAUGGUGAAUAUUUCUUGGAGCCACUUUUAAAUGCAGAGGGAAAGGAAUACGAUGAAGAGCACAACAAACCUCAUCUCAUCUACCGACACGAGAGGAAGAGGAACUUCUCGAAUACCAGCAACAACACAGAGCCCUGUGCUGCCUCAGAAGACUCCAAGGGGCCAAUCUCUCUUGAGGACAGUGGAAAUAUGGGAGAGGAGCUGGAGUCCCUCAGGGCAGUAAUAGAGGUUGAGCACAUGAAUGAAAACAACUUCACACACUCCAGAUCCCCACGCAGACACAAACGUUUCCUCUCCUAUCCUCGCUAUGUUGAGCUGAUGGUGACAGCGGAUGCCAAAAUGGUGCGUCAUCAUGGACGCAACCUAGAGCACUACAUCCUUACAAUCAUGUCAGUAGUAGCAGCAGUGUACAGGGAUCCCAGCGUAGGAAACCUUAUCAACAUCAUGAUUGUCAAGCUAGUCGUCAUCCACAAUGAACAGGAAGGGCCCACAGUGAGCUUCAAUGCCGCCACGACUCUCCACAACUUCUGCGUUUGGCAGCAAAGCCAAAAUGUCCAGGAUGACAGCCACCCCUCUCACCAUGACACAGCACUUCUCAUGACAAGGGAGGACAUCUGCCGUGCGAAAGAUAAAUGUGACACAUUAGGGCUCGCAGAGCUGGGGACCAUGUGUGACCUGUACCGGAGCUGCUCCAUCAGUGAGGAAAAUGGAAUUAGUGCCUCCUUCACCAUUGCUCAUGAGCUGGGUCAUGUGUUCAACAUGCCCCACGAUGACAACCCAAAAUGUCGUGAGGCAGGAAUGAAGCACCAGUACCAUGUCAUGGCUCCCACACUCAACUAUGACACCAAUCCCUGGACAUGGUCCAAGUGCAGUCGCAAGUACAUCACAGAGUUUUUAGACACUGGCUAUGGGGAGUGCCUCCUUGACGAGCCUGUAGGCAGGACGUACGAGCUGCCCACCCUCCUACCUGGUCAGAUCUACAACGCCAACAGACAGUGUGAACUGAUGUUUGGACCCGGUUCCCAAAUCUGCCCCUACAUGAAACAGUGUAAGAGGUUGUGGUGUACUAGUGCGGAGGGGGACCACAAAGGAUGCCGGACGCAGCACAUGCCACUGGCUGAUGGGACCGACUGUGGACAUGGAAUGUAUUGCAGACAUGGAAUGUGUGUGAAUAAAGAGCUGGACCUGCAGCCAGUCCAUGGAGAAUGGGGACCCUGGGGGCCCUACAGUGCUUGCUCCAGGUCCUGUGGUGGAGGAACCCGUAGCACGAGCAGAGACUGCAACAAGCCUGAGCCCCGAAACGGUGGCAAGUUCUGCGUGGGCCGCAGGAUGAAGUUCCGCUCUUGCAACACUGAGCCAUGCCCACGAGGACGGAAAGACUUCCGCGAGGAGCAGUGCUCUCAUUUUGACGGCAAGCACUUCAACAUCAACGGUCUACCUCCCGCCGUCCGCUGGGUCCCCAAAUACAGCGGCAUACUAAUGAAGGAUCGCUGUAAGCUCUUCUGCCGUGUGGCUGGGACUAUGGCAUAUUAUCAGCUGAAGGACCGCGUCACUGAUGGUACGCCGUGUGGCCCAGACACAUACGACAUCUGUGUUCAAGGCCUCUGCAGGCAAGCAGGCUGUGACCACGUCCUCAACUCGAAGGCCAGGAAUGACAAGUGUGGCGUAUGUGGCGGGGACAACUCAUCGUGUAAAACCCUGGCAGGGACCUUCAACGAUGCACAGUAUGGUUACAACACAGUGGUGCGGAUCCCAGCUGGAGCCACCAAUAUAGAUAUCAAGCAGGUCAGCUACUCAGGAAAGCCAGAAGACGACAACUACCUCGCGUUAUCUGAUGGCCAGUCCAACGCCCUCCUGAAUGGUAAUUUCGUGGUGGCCAUGUUCAAAAGGGAAAUCAACUUUAAGGGAACUGUCAUCGACUACAGUGGCUCGGACACGAAAGUAGAGCGCAUCAACUGCACCGAGCGCAUCGAGGAAGAGCUUGUUCUACAGGUCUUGUGUGUGGGAAACCUCUACAACCCAGAUGUCCGUUACUCCUUUAACAUACCCAUCGAGGAGCACAAGGAGCAGUUUGUGUGGGAUCCAUCUGGCCCAUGGCUCGAGUGCAACCGCAUCUGUCAGGGUGAGAGGAGGCGAAAGUCAGUAUGUGUGCGUAAGAGUGAUCACCUUGAGGUGUCCGACCAACGCUGUGAACAUGUACCUCGUCCUGUUGCUGUUGCUGAUUCUUGCAACGCAGACUGUGAAGUCAGGUGGCAUGUUGCUGGAAAGAGCGAAUGCUCCGCUAAAUGUGGUCCAGGUUACCGCAGUCUGGAUGUUCAGUGCAUGAAGUACAGCCUGAUGAAGAGACAGAGUGAAAGGAUGGAGGCCAGUAUGUGUGGAGACAUCGCAAAACCUCAGACCAGAGAGACCUGCCAUGGGGACUGUCUGCUGAAGAACUGGCAGUACAGUGCCUGGUCUCAGUGCUCUAAGACAUGUGGACGUGGCAGCCGCAGCAGAGAGUCUUACUGUAUGAACAACCUAGGCAGACGGCUGGUAGACCGGGAGUGCAAUGAAUACCGGAGGGUGGUUACUGAAGCAUGCAACGACCAGCCAUGUCCGAAGUGGACCGCCAGCGAGUGGAGCGAGUGCCUGGUGACCUGUGGGAAAGGGAUGAGACACAGGCAAGUAUCCUGCACCAUGGGGGCCGCGGAGAAAAAGCUGAGCGAGCACUUAUGUGACCUGUCCAGCAAACCCCAAACGGUGGGGAGCUGCGAGCUGCCUGAGUGUGCGUCCUGGCAGGUCGGCGUCUGGGGAGCGUGUUCGGUGACCUGUGGCCACGGCUACCAGAUUAGAGCUGUGAGGUGUGUGUCGGGGAACUACGGUAACACUGUAGAUGACCGAGAGUGCAAUGCUGCAGCGAGGCCCAGAGACAGUCAGGACUGUGAGUUGCCAGGAUGUCCAUGGGCCUCACCGAUACAAAGCACACCUCGUCCUGACAACUCAGCCCAGCUCCUGAUUCAGUGGAGAUACGGCUCCUGGACUGCGUGCUCCGUGUCCUGUGGCAAAGGAAAGCGGGAGCGUUACGUCAGCUGCAGAGAUGCCCAGGGAGGUGUGGCCGAUGAAUCCUACUGUGCCCACCUGUCACGCCCCCCAGAGAGCUCGGCCUGCUUCAGCCCCUGCGGUCAAUGGCGUGCCGGGGAGUGGUCUCCUUGUUCCGUUACAUGCGGCAUCGGCAGAACCACCAGACAGGUGGUCUGCUCUAACUACCACCAACCAGUGGACCUGUCUUUCUGUGACCCGGACGAAAAGCCUGUGACCGAACAGGAGUGUACCGCUGCACCUUGUCCCUCAGUUUACCACCGCCAACACAUCAACAACCAGCCCUACGGUUAUCCUCAGGACCCAGGACAUCAUCCAGGGCACAGCAGCUGGAAUGUGCCCUCAGCAGACAACCAGUGGCGGACUGGACCCUGGGGCGCAUGUUCCAGUACCUGUGCCGGAGGUUUCCAGAGACGAGUGGUCGUCUGUCAGGAUGCCGACGGCCGCAGCAACAGCUUCUGUGAUGAGAGAGUCAAACCUGCCGAAUCCAAGAGCUGUGACUCUGGACCCUGCCCUCUGUGGAACUAUGGUGUCUGGGGAGAGUGCACCCAGUCCUGUGGUGGAGGACGGCGGACUCGCCUCGUGGUGUGUCAGAGGCCCAAUGGUCAGAGGCUCAACGACUACAACUGUGACAUCCUGGAAAAGCCGCCCGACAUGGAGCAAUGCAACCUGCAGCCCUGCCCCGGCUCUGCCUCCUGGCACCGUCAACCAUGGAAGCCGUGCUCCGUGACUUGUGGUCGAGGGACCAAGACAAGGGAGAUUGCCUGCGUCCUCCAGAAUCAGACCAAAAUCGAGGAGGAGCACUGCGGUCGCCUGCCUCGGCCGCAAACACGGAAAGCCUGUCGGGCGCAAGGAUGCCCCACUUGGAAAGCCAAUAAGUGGAAGGAGUGCUCUGUCACCUGUGGAGCGGGAGUUCAGACGCGGGACGUUAACUGCAGGCUAAAAGGCAGCGGGCGGGUCCGAGAGGAUCUCUGUGAUGCUCGCCAGCGUCCCGCUGUGACCCAACCGUGCCAAACUGCAGAGUGCACACAUUUCUCCUGGGUCGCUGGUGAAUGGAAAGAAUGUAAUGCAACCUGUGGAGAGGGCAUGAGAAGCAGGAAGGUGAGCUGUACUGGUCCAGGGAUGAUGACACCCGUGCAGGAUGAUUACUGUGAGCCAUCAUCCAGGCCUGUCUCACACCAAGGAUGCCAGGGGCUUCCCUGUCAGUACACGUGGAUCACAGGGGAAUGGUCACAGUGCUCUGCCAGCUGUGGUAUUGGCUACCAGCAGCGUAUCGUCUCCUGCUCUGCAGUUCCUUCUUCAUCGGCGGCGCACCUGUACGCUCCGUCCCAGCCGUCCUCUGCCAGCACCUACUGCCCUCAGCCUCACCCACCUGGCAACCGGCCGUGCCUCCUCAGGGACUGUCCACACACAACCUACUGGAAAGUUGGCCCGUGGAGCAAGUGCUCACAGACCUGUGGUGCAGGAGUGAUGGAGCGCAGGGUGGAGUGUGUGACGUCUAAAGGCCAACCGUUCAAACACUGCCGUCCAUCAGAAAGACCUGAGUCUCGAACUGCAUGUCAGGACAGAGAAUGUCAAUUGUUUGCCUCCUGCCGAGAGGUCCAGAUGAGGCAGGGUGUGAGGAUGGAUGGGGAGUACUACCUCAAAGUCAGGUCCCGCAUCCUGCAGAUUUACUGUGCCGAAAUGCAGACCGAUUUCCCCAAGGAGUACGUGACCUUGCGAAGCGGUCAGACAGACAACUUCUCUGAGGUGUAUGGACACAGGUUGCUGAACCCCUUUGAAUGCCCGUACAACGGCAGCCGAAGACAAGACUGCGAUUGCAAGAGCGACUACUCAGCGGCGGGGUACACAGUCUUCCACAAGAUCCGCCUGGACCUGAGUUCCCUGAGAAUAAUGUUCACGGACCUCCAGUUUUCCCAGACUCUCCUCGGACGACCUGUGCCCUUUGCUACAGCAGGAGAUUGUUAUAGUGCAGCCAAGUGUCCACAGGGCCAGUUCAGCAUUAAUCUGAUUGGCACCAGCCUCAAAGUGUCUGAGGCCACCAAGUGGACAUCUCAGGGCAACUAUGUUUCCGUCAAAGUCCAUAGAUCUGAGGACGGGACAAGAAUCUACGGUCGCUGUGGUGGUUUCUGUGGGAAGUGCAUUCCCCAGGCUCACAACGGCCUCGUCCUUGAAGUCUACUGAGGGCCAUGCAGAGACCAAACCCCUAAAUUUUCCCCAGAAGACAGCAGAACAGGAACACACACUGUCAGGAAUCUGUUUGAGCCUGUAAUCAUCUAUGGGAGUGGGAGAGGUGCAUUGAACAGUUCUCAUUCUACAUACUGUAGUUACAUCACCAGGUCCCACACGGCAGCUACAUCAUAGAAGACACUGUGUACGUGCAGUGCUACAGGGACACUGUCAGGUCCAACUCUGAAGAGGAGGCAGAUAUAUGGCUGUCAAACACACCUGAGCUAGGAAACCUCAAGUGUUAUUGUUUUGGACACUGUAAUGGAUCAUGCAAAGGGACAUACUAUUUCAAAAUAUUGGGAAAUCAAACAAGCAAAGAAGAUAAACCAGAGUUAGCCUCUCUUAUCUGAAAAAACAAAACAAAACAAAACCCUGCCCUCCGUGGUAUUCUGUGAAGUUUUUUUUUCUGGUUUCUGACACAUUUCCUGGUAUAAUUUCCAGAAUGUCAUCAUGUAGUAUCUGGAACUAACAUUUCUCUAUGUUUCCUUCCAUGUUACAGAGAUAAUCACAUCCACUUACCGACAUUACUUUUUGCAGCCCUCAAGUACAGUAUGUAAGUAUGUAUUAUACAAACUUACAAACAAAAACAGAACAUACAAAAAUAGUUGUUGAUAGUUAACUGAGCUAUGCUGUGUAACGUUUAAAGCCUGAAAGGAAUAUUUUUUACAUUUGUUUAGAUGUAUGAAGCAAUCAUCCACAGACCGUUUUAGUUUAGUUUGGUCAGCAGUGUCAUGGACAACAACUAAGUAUGUGCCAGUUUUUAUUAUUAAUCGUUAGACUAAAGCUCCUGAACCACCUGGUAACUGUCUGAGAGACACAUGUCGUUUGAAACAGUAUUACUUGACUUGGUGCUAGAUUUGAAGACUAUAGUGAUAAUGGUGCAUUGAUAGUGGAACAUUUGAGACUUGUGUCGUGCCUCACUGAAAAGCAGCAUCAUCAACUGGCGUACACGGUUACUUUCCCUAGUAAUUAUUGAGUAUUUUAUGCAACAACUGGGUUAGUGGCUCCGUCACUUUUGAAAGAAACUUUGACGAGUACCACGAGGAAAGAACUGAAAUAGUUGUUAUUUGUUUCUUGUGUUUAAUAAUAUUUGUGACUCUUUCAAACCGUGAGGAUUUUUUAUUUUAUUUUAUUAGAUUUUAAUAGUGUCAGUGCACACAUACAAGUUCUCAUUUGUUAUGCCGCAACACAGUAUCGAGUGUGACGUGUUACUUCACACCUUCCUUUGGGCCUAUAACUGUAGGUAUUUGCAACCCCUACCUCUCACAAACCUCCAUCCUCUACUGAGAUAUAUAUGUUGUAAUAUAUUUAUGUCUGACCAUAUUUAUUCUGUAUUGACUUGUAGAUACGUUCAUGUACAGUGACUACUAUCAGCAGAGAAGCCAUUGUCUGAUGUUUUGCCUGUUUUGCUUUAAAAAAAAAGAAAAAAAAAAGUUAUUAGUCUGUAUAACCACUAACCCUUAGGCGAGGAUCUUUUGAAUGGUGCUUCUGAUCUACUGUAAUUACCUCUGAUCUUGAGAAGGACAACACUAGCGGUGGGAAUAACACGUGCUGUGACAGAGUUUCCGUUCACUCUAACAGACAGGUUAUUAGACGCAUGCUGAAUUGCACGACUAAAUCUGGCAUCUGACUACUACUACGAUCCUAUUACUACAUCCUGGUACUCCCAUGUUAAGCUUUAACCAAAGUUAGAUGAUAGAUGCAGAUUUGUUUUUUCUCUUCUUCUCAGACAAUGCAGCUUCUUUUUGAUGGAAAUGAUGGCUGAAAACAAACAAAAAACGAGCAGCUAGAAAACCUUUGACUGUCAUUCAUUUAUUUUUAUGAUGGUCAAUUGUUCUAUGAGGUCUGUAUCAGAAAUUUAAAGAAUACUUGAUGCACUAUGUGCCAUGAAUUUUGUAGAAAGGUAAUCAUGUUCUUUUUUUUUUGUAAUAACCAUUAAGAUUUGUAACUUAUGAUAUAUGUGUAUUUUUAUUAUUCAUACUUGAAUUGUAAACAGCGUGCUAAAUAUUGAGUGGGCAUUGUACUGAAUAGAGAAAUAGUGUUCUGGUUCGCCUUGCUUUAUCCAAAGAUGUUUUUAAGAAUCAUAUUAUGUGCCUGCAGUAUGUAUGUAGCCUGUGUAAAAGAGAUGAAUGAUUUAUUCUGGUGCUAUGGUUACUAAUCAUACCAAUACUGUAUGUCAUGCUACUACUAUGUACUAACACUGUCGAAAAUUAGGUAUUAAUAAAACGUGCUUUACAGCUGA